UCUGUCAUAGACAACAUCGUCCCGCUCAUCGAGUGCAGGGAGGGCGUCUACAGCAAUGGCCACUGCUGAGAAAAGGGAGACAAAACCCAAGCCUAGCAGCUUGCGGUCCAUCAUCGCUGGCUCUACUGCCGGAGCUAUCGAGAUUGCGAUCACAUACCCAGCAGAGUUCGCAAAGACCCGGUCACAGCUCAACCGAAGGUUACCGGACGGGAAGAAACUCCCAUGGCCACCUUUCGGUAAACAGUGGUAUGCCGGAUGCACGACUCUGAUCGUGGGAAAUUCCCUUAAAGCAGGAAUCCGCUUCGUUGCCUUCGAUACCUACAAAUCGUUGCUCCAGGAUGAAAAUGGGCACAUUUCUGGCCCCCGGACAGUCAUUGCUGGAUUUGGUGCCGGUUUCACUGAAUCUCUUUUGGCGGUCACUCCGUUCGAGAGUAUUAAGACGCAGCUGAUCGAUGAUCGCAAGUCUGCCAAACCUCGUUUGAACGGAUUCCUGCACGGCAGUAAAGUCAUCUUCCAGGAAAGAGGUAUUCGAGGCUUUUUCCAAGGCUUUGUUCCGACAACGGCCAGACAAGCAGCCAACUCGGCGACGAGAUUUGGCAGCUACACGACGUUGAAGCAGUUUGUUCAAGGCUACGUCGCUCCGGGAGAGAAGCUGGGCACAAUGAGCACUUUCGCUAUUGGAGGCAUGGCGGGUUUAAUCACUGUCUACGUUACGCAACCUCUCGACACGGUGAAGACUAGAAUGCAAUCAUUGGAAGCGAGCAAGAAUUACAAGAACAGCUUUGUGUGUGCUGCGAAGAUCUUCAAAGAUGAAGGCCCUCUGACCUUGUGGUCUGGCGCUGUCCCACGUCUGGCAAGACUGAUCAUGAGUGGAGGAAUUGUGUUUACGAUGUACGAGAAGACGAUCGAGGCAAUGGAUAAGUUCGACCCGCAAGGAAAAUAUAUAUGAUGUGACGGUUGCGGCCUGUAUUGUACACUACUGGUAUCUAAAGUGCCCCAGCUUAGACAUGAGAGCUAUUGUCAUCAAUGACAUACUAUACA